AUGAACGGAUGCGCCCAUCGCCGCAGCGGACGCCUGGCCCUGCUCCUGGCGGCUGCCUUGGCGUGGGCGUUGCUUGCAGGAUGUUCCAGAAUUUCAACGCUGUUUGUGCAGCCGAGCCAUCGCGUCCCUGUUCAGGUUUUGCGACCCCAACUGAAUGGAGCCGAUCACAGUCGCGUGCACGACGAUGGCUUGUCGUUUCGUCUGGCCGGAGCCUCUGCGGGCCUUGUCCUGGCUUUCGGUGGGAGCCUCGCAGUUCACCGCCUCGGUGGCCGGACAGCUCGGAAGUCCCGAGGUGGCUUCGAUGCUGGAGCGGAUCUGCAGCUGCCCGAGGGAUGCACGCUGGGGGAUCUCACCCCAGAAUGUGUCAAAUACUGGGCGACGCCAUGUUCUGACUUGACCAUUGGUGUGCUGAAGGAAACUGCUGUGCAGAGCGGCACCGGUGAGCUUGAGAAGCGGGUGGCCGCCACGCCAGCCUCUAUUGCCAUGCUGCGGAAAGAAGGAUACAACGUGGUUGUGCAAGCCAACGCUGGCCUCGCCGCAGAGGUCUCAGACGCCGACUUCGAGGAGGCUGGCGCCAAGGUUCGUCAAGCUUGCCAGGCAGACAUCAUCUUCAAGGUGAGACCUCCCAGCAUGAACGAGGUCAAGCACAUGCGCGAGGGCACCACCCUCUUCAGCAUGAUCUAUCCUGCUCAGAAUGAAAACUUGGUGAAAAAGAUCCAGCAGAAGAGGAUCACCUGCUUUGCGAUGGUGCCACCCUCAGCAAGAGAGCACGUGGACCAGAUGCCUCGCACACUGAGCCGUGCCCAAGCCUACGACGUUCUCAGCUCGAUGGCAAACAUUGCCGGUUACCGCGCCAUGGUGGAGGCCAGUCAUUACUUCGGCCGCUUCUGCGCCGGGCAAUUUACCGCCGCAGGGAAGGUUGAGCCAGCGAAGGUGCUGGUGAUUGGCGCUGGUGUGGCAGGGCUUGCUGCAAUUCAGCAAGCAAAGAACAUGGGCUGCAUCGUCCGCGCCUUUGAUGUGCGCCCCGCUACUCGUGAGCAGGUGGUAGCUGCAGGAGGCGAGUUUUUGGAGGUCCAGAUUGAGGAGGAUGGCUCUGGCACAGGCGGCUAUGCCAAGGAGAUGUCCAAGGAGUUCAUUGAGGCGGAGAUGGAACUCUUCCGUCAACAGUGUGCGGACUGCGAUAUUGUUAUUACCACAGCGCUGAUUCCCGGACGCCCUGCGCCGAAGCUGCUCACCAAGGAGCACAUCGAUGGCAUGAAGCCUGGGAGUGUGGUGGUGGAUUUGGCAGCGGAGACUGGAGGAAAUGUGGCAACCACAAAGCCUGGGGAGGUUUACGAGUACAACAAGGUGACCCAUAUUGGCCUGUCCCUCUACGAGCACAUGCCGAGCCGCAUGCCCGCGCAGGCGUCGUUUCUGUUUGCCAACAACAUGGCGAAGUACUUGUGCAGCAUGGGACCGCAAGGCUACUUCUUUGUUGACUAUGAUGAUGUACCGACCCGCGGGGCUUUGAUCUGUCGUGAGGGAGAUCGGACCUGGCCAUGGAGCCCACCAAAGAUUGAGACACCUCCUGCCCAGGAGGAGGAGCCUGUUGAAGAGACGCCGGUUGCAGAAAUGAGCCCUGAAGAGGAGUCCUUUCAAAGCACCGCGUCCACCGUGGCUCUGGUCUCCUUGAUUGUCAUGGCCCUGCUGGCAGCAGGCACGGCUGGCGAUUCAGUGACCACGAUGCUCACCACGCUCGGCUUGGCCCUCAUCGGCGGCGCACAGGUCGUCUAUGGAGUGGUACCUGCGCUCCAUUCCCCCCUGAUGUCGGUCACAAAUGCGAUCUCUGGCCUUACAGUGGUGGGUGGCAUCUUGAUGAUGGGCGGAAGCUACAUGCCCGAGACUUUGCCCCAGUGGCUGGCAGCCGCUGCAGCCUUGAUCUCCAUGGUCAACGUAGGCGGCGGUUUCGUCAUGACCAGGCGCAUGAUCGACAUGUUCAAGAGAGAGACGGAUGUCUCCCAGUUUCCGGAGAUGUACGCCCUUCCUGCUGCGCUCUUCGUGGGACUGUACGCUGUUGGCACCUCCCUGGGCUACAUGGACUUAGCCUCUGAAUCCCAGAUGGUCUACCUCAUCUCAUCCCUCAUGUGCAUUGGAGCGAUUGGGGGUCUCAGCUCCCAAGAGACAGCCCAAUUUGGCAACGCCAUGGGAUUGAGCGGCGUGGUGGGCGCACUGGCGGGAACCCUUGGCCUGGCCUACGCUCAGGGAGCGAGUGCGGCUGUGCUCACGCAGAUUGCCACAGUCCUCUCAACCGGCACUGCCCUGGGCAUGGCCGUUGCAUCCCAGGUGGAGAUCACAUCCCUUCCGCAGCUGGUGGCUGCCUUCCACUCCCUUGUGGGUAUGGCUGCGUCGUUGACAGCUGUAGCCUCAGCCCUGCAGCAUCCAGGAGCAGAUGCUAUGCACGCCACAUCUGAGUACUUGGCCAGUGGCAUCGGUGCACUGACCGUAACUGGUUCCAUGGUAGCCUUCGCCAAGCUGCAGGGUCUGGUGGGCGGCAAUGCCAGCAUCCCGGGCGGCAACGUGCUAUCAGGAUCGUUGACGGCGGCCUUUGCAGGAGGGCUCUGGGCCUAUCUCCAGCACCCGAUGCCUGGCAUGGAGAUCCCCACACUGGUCUGUGGCACACUGGCAGCAGCUGGCAUGGGCCUGGUGGUGACCUCGCAGGUGGGUGGUGCAGACAUGCCAGUUGCCAUCACCUUGCUGAACAGUGCAUCUGGUUGGGCCCUGACUGCGGAGGGCUUUGUGCUCUCCAACAAUCUGCUGACCAUUGUUGGAGCCUUGAUUGGCUCUUCUGGCGCCAUUCUGAGUCAGAUCAUGUGCGAGGCAAUGAAUCGCAACAUCUUGGAAGUGCUGGGCGUGACAGCCAAGCCUCAGAAGCAGGGCGCCUCCUCCUAUCAGAUCGAGGGCGAAGUCACAACCACCAACAACGAUCACGUCGCAGACCUUUUGGCAACUGCCAAAAAGGUUGUCAUCGUUCCCGGCUAUGGCGUUGCUGUGUCCAAGGCGCAGUAUGCCCUGGCGCAGCUCAUUGAGAUGCUUACGGAGAACGGUACGGACGUGAAAGUAGCCAUCCACCCUGUAGCGGGACGCAUGCCUGGACAGCUGAACGUGCUGCUGGCAGAGGCAGGAGUCCCCUACAACCAGGUCCUGGAGAUGGAGGAACUGAAUGACCCAUCCGACUGGGCAGACGUCGACGUGUCACUGGUCGUGGGCGCUAAUGAUACAGUCAAUUCAUUGGCGGAAGACGAUCCCAACAGUCCGAUUGCAGGAAUGCCUGUGAUCCGCGUCUGGCUUGCAAAGAAGUGCAUAGUCGUCAAGCGCUCCUUGGGCGUGGGCUACGCAGCCCUGGACAAUCCGGUGUUUUACAAGGACCACACCGACAUGCUCCUAGGUGACGCCAAGGAGGUAGGACAGUCGCUGGAAGAGCUCGUGCACACCAAGUUGCACAGGCACCUAAGCCCAAAUUCCAAACCCUUUUUUGUGGCAGACUGCCAGGAACUGCAGAUUGCCGGUAAGCACGUUACGCAGUUCGUGCAUGACAUGAUCUGCGACAGAGGAGAGCCUGUGCCGGCAGAGCAGCGUAUGGACGCGGCCAGGCAGAUCAAGGAGAAGCACGCCUACCUGUGCAAAGACGUGGUCGACGAAUACCAGAAGUUCGACCAGGAUGCACGGCGGUUCAAGACGCUGCAGGGGUAUUUCCCAAAGACGAAGCAGGACUGGAAGAUACAGAUCGGCUACGAGCGCUUUCUUGCGCCGGAGAUCUUCUUCCAUCCGGAGAUAUUUGUCGACGGAAUGACGACCCCUCUGCCGCAGGUUGUGGACGCCUGCAUUUCGCAAUGUCCAAUCGACUAUCGCCGUAGGCUUUACAGCAACAUUGUCCUCUCUGGGGGAUCCACCGCCUUUCUCCAUUUCAAGGAGCGCCUCCAGAAGGAUGUGCAGCAACUUGUGGAUGAAAGGCUACAGAAGGCUGAGCUUAGCACUGGUCGACGUCCUCAGGAUGUCAAGGUCCUUGUGCAUGGCAGCAAGAACAGAGCGCAGCAGCGCUAUUCGGCCUGGCUCGGAGGCUCCUUGUUGGCGCAGGAGGCAAUCUUCUCCAAGAUGGUGAGGACGAAGCGCGAGUACGAAGAGAUCGGCCCUGCCUGCAUGCGCGGCAGUCCAGUAGUGAUGGGCUGA